UUCGUGUAGAACAUCAGUUACGGUUUCGGAAUGAUUCAUUUCAAACGAUAUUUCUUCCACAGUUUUAAUGGGUUUUUGAAUUGAAACUUUUUCAGUGUUAUGAACAUUUUACAGUUAUGAUAGAGAUUUCGUUCAUAUUCAAGAUCUUCUCACUCGAAGAUGUCUUCAUUUCAAAAAGUGCAUUUCAAAGUUAAAGUUCAUCUCAGUGGUUCAAAACAAAAUGCCUUGAACCAUUAACAUUGAAACAAGAUGACCGCGGUAUCCAUUGCACCGUCACACUUGGAUAGAGUGCUGUUGUCGGUGGGUGCACCCGGAAAGUAUCACCUUCUGGUAGCUUUUCUCCUCAGUUGCAUGCAGUUGCCGGUAUCAUUUAGCGACCACCUUCUGACAUUCUACAUGGCCACGCCGAGACACAGAUGUAGAGCGGAAUCGAAUUUGACUCUGGGAGAUUACGAUUUAAGGCCGAUUAUCACUGUGGCUGGCAAGCAACAGUAUUCUGCGUGUGAGUUGUAUGCCGAUCCACUCGACCACUCGAAAGGUACCAAGACUUGUGACGAUGGUUGGGAAUUCCUCAUGCCAAAAGGAGAAUCGACCGUUGUCACAGAGUGGGAGCUGGUUUGCGAGUAUGAAUCUCUGUCGGUUCUCUUACCUUACAUGAGAACUGUUGCCGGAAUGAUUGGAGCAUUGGUGAGCGGAAGGCUAGCAGACAAGUACGGACGGAAGUAUGUACUCCUUCUGUCUUUGCUCUUCCACACCAGUUUCGGAAUAUUUCUUCACUUCCUUCCACUUUACGGAGUGUUUAGUGCAGUCUUCACUAUGCAAGCAUUUCUCAUAUCGGGUGUGCAGUGUUCAUCUUAUUUAUUGUUGCUGGAAAACUUACCGACCCAAUGGCAGAGUAUAGCGGCCUUCUCCGUCGCCAUGUUUCACGCAUCAGGAGAUAUAAUCCUCUCAACACUCACCUGGCUCAUCAGGCAUUGGAGAUACAUUCAACUCGUCCUAUCAGCACCCGGUGUCAUCGUCAUUGGAUACUUCUGGCUUUUACCUCGUUCGUUAGCGUGGCUUGUGGUGGAGAAUCGUCAUCAGUCUGCCCAACUUCAGUUGUCUCGAUUCAAUUCCAAAGGAUCAUUUGGACAGAGAAUACAGCUAUUGAAAUCGUGUAAAGUGGCACGCUCCAUGCCCGGUGGUUACGCAGCGAGGCAUGGAUUCGAAACCAUCAUCUGCUCCGCACGACUCCGUCUUCUUGCCUUCACACAAUAUUACAUAUGGUUCGUCGUUUCUCUUGUGUCCAAGUGUGAGAUAGAAAAUGUGCCCCUACUGAAAGAUAAUCCUUAUUCAACAUUAUUUGUAAACGGUGUCAUGGAAAUAUCAUUCAUCAUUUUGAUUUUCCUUGCAUUGAACAGUAUUGGCCUGAAGUUGACGCAGGGCACAACUCUGUCUGUUUGUGGUAUAUGCUGCAUCUUUUCAGCUGUCAUCAAUCAUCAAAUCAUUCAAAUGCAUCCAAGAGCGGUGGCAGAUAGAGGAUUGCACCAUUUCGCCCCAUUGUUUGGAAUGCUUGGCAAAUCUAUAGCCAAUGCAUGUGGAAUACUGCUAUGGCUUCAUGUUGUUAAGACCUUCCCUACCGGUGUCAGGGGAUUAGGCUUAGGAUCUUGUAUGUUAUGCAGCAAAAUAGCAUCUCUUUUUGUUCCUCAUCUCUCAGAAAUGAAAACGCACUCCCAGUUCAUUGUUUUGGCCUUCAGCGGUGCCCUGUGCAUAGCAGGGGGUCUUCUCACCUACACACUGCUUCCCGAUUGCACGAAUCGUCCUCUAGCCACCAUCGCCGAAGAAGUCGAGAUCGGCAGGACGAAGAUCAUCAACGACAGCGAUUUACAGGAUGAGGAGGAGGCAGGAUGCGUGUUGGCCAUCCAAGACGAAACCAUCUGCAGGCGGAUUUCCAAUUUAUUCUACAAAAAGCCCCCCUUCUUGCCGAAGACCCUCGAUGAUGAGGGCAGGGGAGACAUUUUCGAACCCGUCACCGGUUUCAUUUUUAAAUGGGACGCAGACUGUCCAGUCAAGAUCAAUGACUUAGAAAAGAAACAUUCCGCUUUCUGGAACAAUAAUGAAACAUUCGAAAAGAAAAUGAACAACACGUUAAAUAUGUUGUAUAAUAUAAGUGAGGAUAAUGUUGAAUUCCAGAAUAAUACGCCCAGUGAUUCAUCUCUUUAGUCUGAUCAUGAAUUGGAGAAGAAGGAAAAAAAAACAGUUUUUUUUUUCAUUUCUAUUUAAUCUACCA